AUGACGGCUCGUUUUCCCACGUCUUCAAUAAAGUUAUCAUCGUCAUUUACAAUCUGUUCACCAACACAACAUGGGAGCAUUGCUGAUAUCGGUUUCACGCACACUAUAAAGUGCGGUACCUUGGGCAACAGCCAGAUGAAUGAUUUGUUCAGCAUGACCAAAUUGUUCUUACGUUGCCCCGCGAAGUUUCCUGACACUCCAAAUGCCAGACAAGCAAUUAGUCAAAGGUUUUCUGAUAAAUAUAGAAUACCAGGGGUUAUUGGUUGCAUUGAUUGCAGUCAUUUUAGAAUACAUGGGCCACCAAAAGAAGAAGAGCAUCAGUACUAUUGCCGUAAACACUAUCAUUCUUUAAAUGUUCAAAUGGUAUGUGAUGAUGAAUAUCGGAUCCUUAAUGUUAAUGCAAAAUUUGGAGGUGACCCAGGUUAUCCACAAAGGCCAUGGCUGAUGACUCCAAUUUUAGAUGCUGCUCCUAACACACCUCAAGCAAAUUACAAUCAAAAGCAUAUGACUGCUAGAGUUGUCAUCGAAAAUACCUUUGGAAGGCUAAAAAAUCGUUGGCGAUGCCUGAAUAAAGACAGGGUUCUACAUUAUAAACCUUUAAAAUGUUCAAGAAUCAUAUUGGCUUGUUGUGUUUUAAAUAACAUAGUCAUUAAAUAUGGUAUUGUAGACGAUGUGGAUAUCACAGCUUUAGAACAUGAUGACAUCCAAGACCAUGAUGAGAGGAUUAGCACAGAGAGAGAGAGAAAUUCUACCAAUGAUUUAAUUAGAGGGAGGGUAUUAAGGGAUCAAUUAGUAAGAAGAUUACAGCAGCAA